UCUCUCUCUCUCUCUCUUUUUGUGGAUUCAAUUAGAACCGGAGAUGCACGAGCUGUGUGAUCUCAAAAUCCAUGUUAAUGGACAGUGCACUUAUUUUCUAGAUGAGAGAGUGGUUUCAAAAUUCUCAGCAAGGUUGAAGAAGAUGAUAAAGCAAGAAAAGAGGAAAACCCAGAUCAGAAUCUCAGAAAUUGAGGUUGACGAUUUCCCAGGAGGCCCAAAUGGAUUUGAACUGGUCUCAAGAUUCUGCUACAAUAAUGGAAGAAUUAGAAUAACCCCAUCAAAUGUCUCUCUCCUUCAUUGUUCUUCAAUCUUUCUUGAAAUGACUGAGAAGGUCUCAACCUGCAAUCUUCUGCAACAAACAGAGAUAUUUCUUGAAGGGCUAUUCUACUGGUCAUGGAAUGAUUUAUUGAUUUGCCUAAAGAGCUGUGAGUCAUUCUUCUCCUAUUCAGAUUCAUCUGGUCUUCUUGAAAAGCUUAUAUGUUCACUUCUAGCAAAGAUUACACAGAACUCAGAUUUAAACCUCAUUGCUUCGUCAUCUUCUUCUUCAUCAUCUCCUGAAACAACAUCUGGGUUUAGAUUCUCUUCAUCAGUAAAAACUACCCCAGAAUCAAUUAAGCCAUGUUCGUCAAGCAAGGCUUGGUGGUUCGAUGAUCUAACAAUUUUACCCCCAAAUAUGAUAGAAAAGGUAAUCAGGACCAUGGAUGCCUAUGGAACAGAAAACGACAGCUUAAUCCUCACUAAAUUCCUCCUGCACUACCUCAAAACCGCUAUUCAGAUUAAAGGUAGUAUAUGGUCCAAGUCUGAUUAUGGUGGGCUUGCAAAUACUGCUGUGUAUGGUGUGGUCUUAAUGGGGAAAACCAGUUUUUCCUGUAGAGGUCUGUUUUGGGUAUUGAGAGUGGUUUCUGCUUUUGGUCUGAGUAGAGAAUACAGAGAUCAGCUUGAGGGAUUAAUUGGUGGGAUGCUUGAUCAAGCAACACUAGAUGAUUUGCUGGUCUCUGGUCAUGGUGGAGGUGUUUAUGAUGUUAAUCUGGUCUUAAGAUUAGUUAGGGUUUUUGUCAGUGAUGAAGCUGUGACAAUACAGAGGAUGAAGAAAGUGGGGAAAUUAAUUGAUAAGUACAUGAGAGAAAUCUCUCCUGAUCAUAACUUGAAGAUCACAAAGUUUCUUGCAAUUGCAGAGAGCUUGCCAGAUUCAGCCAGAGACUGCUUUGAUGGGGUCUACAGAGCAAUUGACAUCUAUCUUGAGUCUCACCCAACACUAUCUUUUGAAGAGAGGUCAAGAUUAUGUAGAUGCCUAAAUUAUGAAAAGCUCACACUAGGAACCAGUAAAGAUCUGGCAAAGAACCCUAGAAUACCCCCAAGGAUCACCAUUGAAGCACUCAUUGCUCAACAAUCCAAGAUCCAAAGUAAUGUGACUGACAUUAAUAUUCCAAGCCCAAGCAAAACCCAAUUGGAUUUAGAUCAUGGGUCUGAUGAAGAUGAAAGAUUUUCAGAAGAAAGUGAAGGGAUGAGGUUGAAUUUACAGAAGAUGCAGUUUAGAGUGGUGAAGUUAGAGAAAGUAUGUGAGGAGAUGAAGAAUCAAAUGUCAAAAAUGGUGAAGCAUAAAUUUAUGGGAACUCCCACUCAUAAUAAAUCAGUGCCAAGACUAUGUUGAGAUACACUUAUUUGAUCAAUUGUAAAAAUAUUGUAAUUUUUUUGUGAGUUUUGAAAUAAAGAUGUAAUUUGAAGGGUUUGAUUGGAGGAAACAGAAGUGUUGGAAAACAAGUUCAGGUAAAGUGUAAAGUU